CGAGUCACGCACGACUCUUGGGCAUUAACAUUUCAAACUUACAGUGCAGUCUUUUUAUUCCUGAGACGUGCAGAUACAGCUAACGUUAGCUAUAUGCAACAAAGACAACUAGCAAACUCAUUUCAGACGGUCUUUACGUAGUGCAUCCGAUAACCAUGGAUAUAUUUUUAAAAAGCUGUCGCAAUGAGCUGAAGGGGAACGCAGAGGGCAGCCCAGGGUUCCAUGUGGUCCUGGGGAACGAGGCCUGUGACCUGGACUCCAUGGUGUCAGCUCUGGCCUAUGCAUACUUCCUGUCCAAGACACUUGAUUCUGGGAAAGUUCCUCUUCCCGUUCUGAACAUUCCCCGGCAAGAGUUCCCGCUGCGCACGGACAAUGCCUUCCUGCUGAGAGAGAGUGGCCUCUCCCAGGAUGACCUGGUGUUCCGGGACGAGGUGGACCUGGGGAGUCUACACCGGGCGGGCCGGCUGGACCUCACACUGGUGGACCACAACGUGCUGCCCAGCUCUGACUGUGAUCUAGAAGAGGCGGUGUUGGAGGUGAUCGACCAUCACCUCCUGGAGAGGAAGCCCUCUCCCUCCUGUCCCAUUACCGUGGAGACGGUGGGCUCCUGCUCCACCCUGGUGGCAGAACGGAUCAUCCUGAAAGCCCCUGAAGUCCUCGACCAACAGGUGGCCCAGCUCUUAUAUGGCACCAUAGUGUUAGACUGUGUGAACAUGGCCCCAGAGGCAGGGAAAGUCACCCCUAAAGACAGCCAGUACGCUGGCCUCCUGGAGACGCACUUCCCCAACCUGCCACCAAGGGGCGUCCUCUUCCAGUCCUUGCAGAAUGCUAAAUUUGAUGUGUCAGGUCUUACCACAGAACAGAUGCUUCUGAAAGACAUGAAGGUGGCAUCGGAAGGAGAUUUAAAACUGGCAGUCAGUGUGAUAUAUAUGACACUGGAGGCUUUUCUACAGAGGCAAAGCUUACAGCAAGAGCUCUGUGAGUUCUGCCACAAGCACAGCUACAACCUGGUGGUGGCCAUGACGAUCUCCUUCAACGAUAACAAGGAACCCUUCAGGCAGCUGGCUGUCUACAGCUCCAGCACCCUCUACAGGGGGGAGAUGAGCCAAGCCUUGGAGCAAGCCCGGAGACCCAGUCUGAGCCUGAGUCCAAUGAGCAGCCCUUACUCGGACAUCAGGGCUUACCUCCAGGGCAACACGUUGGCCUCCAGGAAGAAGGUGCUGCCCAUCAUCAAGGACUUCCUGAGGGACAGGGAGCGAAGAGAGGUGCAUUGUAGGACCCUAGAGGAGAGUUACGAGGUACCACAGCAACGAGCGUGCACUGAGGACGCUGGGAUAGAGGAGGAUCCUACUUCCCCCACCCCUAUGAACAGUCUGGUGGAGGGCUGUCCCCUUGACAACGGACUGCCCAAGAUCAGCGCUGAAGCUCUGACGGAGAAGUUCAGCAAGAUGGCCAGUGAAGAGGAGAACGCAGGGGGACUCUGAUGUCACUCACACUCCUGGUGGUCAGUGGCGCACCCAAGCUCACUAACCUGUAUAACAGCUGGAUGGCCAGAGUUCUCGCAACAGGAUUCAGACCAGUACAGGUUGUUUGUGACUGUGCAGGGUGUUGAGCUCGGCACAACAUUGAUCCACUGGGACGAGGACUGGGAGGCCCACUGUUCCCAAUCCAGAGGAGUAAACAAUCCACUGGCAAUCAUAUUGGAGAUGAUGGAAAUGCAUUGAAAAUAUUAGUGACACCCGUGCUUUAUGUUAGUGGCACCCGUGCUUUACGUUAGUGACACCCGUGCUUUACGUUAGUGACACCCGUGCUUUACGUUAGUGACACCCGUGCUUUACGUUAGUGACACCCGUGCUUUGCGUUAGUGACACCCGUGCUUUGCGUUAGUGACACCCGUGCUUUGCGUUAGUGACACCCGUGCUUUGCGUUAGUGACACCCGUGCUUUGCGUUAGUGACACCCGUGCUUUAUAUGGGGGGAGGGGGUUCCCGAGUGGCGUAGCGGUCCAAGGCACUGCAUCUCAGUGGUAGAGGCGUCACUACAUACCCUGGUUUGAUUCCUGGCUGUAUCACAACUGGUCGUGAUUGGGAGUCCCAUAGGGCUGCGCACAAUUGUCCCAACGUCGUCCGGGUUAAGGUUUGGCCGGGGUAGGCCGUCAUUGUAAUAAGAAUUUGUUCUUAACUGACUUGCCUAGUUAAAUAAAGGUUAAAUAAAAAAAUAUUAGUGACACCAAUGCUUUCAUCCUUGAAUGGGAAUAAGACAUUUAAUUGGGAACUCUGUUAAUGGAAAAAUAAUCCCAGUUGUUAUGUUUCCGGGAAAAAUAGAUUUUGCUGUAGAUUUGAGAAAAUAGAUCCACUCUCUCUCUUCUCCCCAAGAGUGUGUGUGCAGCCUAGACUAAUGUGUAUAUGAACAUUUUUGUGAUAGAUGCCUAAACCAAUAUGUGGUCUGCUUACUAAGGCAACAGGGAUCUUGAUCCAGGAGGGCAUUGAAUGUCUACUGUAACCAAGGAGCGUGAUCUUGACAUCUAGGCACUGUGCCCUAUACUAAUGUGUAUAGGAAGAUCUUUGUGAUAGAUGCCUAAACCAAUAUGUGGCCCCACUUUAUUUGGAUAGUCCAGCUGAAGAUGGUCAAACUAUCUGUUGAUAAGCAACUGCUUACUGAGCUUAGGGUAAGGGUUAAUAGAUAGAGUUGGGGUUAGGGUCAGAGUUAAGUUUAGGGCUUGGUUAGUACAUAGUUAGUUGAAAUGUGAGUCUGUAGAGCAUCUACAAAUGGACUGUCCAAAUGAAGUGUUACUCUGCAUGAUAUGCAGUGUUGAUUUGACAUAAUUGAUAAGCAGUUUGACGUUGAAGUAAAGUGUUUGUGUUGAAUAGUUAUUGCUAGAGAUAGCUAGACAUUAUUCCUUAACUGAUUUAUUGAUAAUAAAUCAGUUUUGAAUGUUCUUCUGAUUCAAAACACCAUUAUAAUACUGUAUCUUCCCCAAAUGAAAGAUUUUGUAUACUGCAAAUGUAUGUAAACAUAAUGUAUUUAAGAAUUAUCUGAUUAUAUGCAAUUGUAUAGCACGAAGAUACAGUAACUUCCGUUGGAUUGUGUUAAAACACUUGGUACCAAUGAUAUUGCUGAUGUCAUGUUAAUUUGAAUAUAAUACUUUGAUAUCUUAUCUGAAACUAGGACUCCCCAGAACCAAGGUACUUCCAGGCCUGAUGUAGUCUAAUUAAAUGACUGUUUAUUUCAUAAAAUGCUCUAAACUGAUGAGAACAGUGUUUGAGAUGUAGCCAUAUUCUGCACUGAAAGGUAGAGUAGAUUUCAGUCAAGGUUAGACCAUUAGCAGAUGUUAUGUUAUGAAGGACAAUCAAGUGAUUGUCAGUUUGACCUUUUUAAUCGUUUGGAAACCAGCUGACUAAAGUUUUACAGUUAGAAAUGUAAUGGUUUCACCUGAAAUGUUGAAAAGGAUUUAAUAUUAUUAAAGUUUCUUAUCCUG